AUGGCACAUUCUCGGCCCAAGCUCCAACUCCGCUUGCCUGGCAUGAUACGGAGAGCCCUGCUGCGAUGCACACGAUCCGCGGCCCAGAAGCCAGAUGCCGCUCACCUGGGGGAGUCUGGAGUCUCUUCCCGGCAGAUCACCCUCUGCGGCGUCUCAUCCCUGUCAGCCGGAGUCGUCUACGGUGCUGUAGGAGUGGGCAGUGGCAUCGUGAGCAUCGCAGGACUCACUCGCCUGGUGGGUCUGCCACAGCUGCAAGCGAUCGGCACAUCCACUCCAGGCCAGGCCUUCAGCAGCAUUUCCGGCGCUGCGAUUUGGUCGUUCGACGGAUGCUGUGAUUUGGCCACGGCCGCGUGUCUCGGCGUCCCCGGCCUCUUUGGGGCCCUCUUCGGCUUGAACGUCGCCAGUAAGCUGCCAGAGGCAAAACUCCGACUUGGGUUUGCAGGUAUGCUUUGCCUGAUCAUCGCGCCGCUAGCGGCGCGGUCCGCCUACAUGGGUUGCUCCGACAGUUCUGACAAAGAAGCAGCUGCCAGUAGCCAGCUCAAGGCCCGGCGUCCUUUCAUGGCACGCUUGCGGGAUGAUGUCGAGAAGCUGAAGGGGGAUCCAGCGCGCGCAGCAUGCCAUUGCGUCGUUGGGGCCGGCAUUGGCGUUCUCACGGGCUCCCUUGCUACGGGAGACUCGAUGCUGAUGAUCCUGUACCUGAUCGCAUCUGGAUUUGAGCAGCGGCUGGCUCUGGGGACGACACUCUUGGCAAGCAGCCUUCCGUACCUCCUGACUGUCGUGGUGCAUCUGGGUCGUGGUAGCGCCGUGCCAGUGCUGGUGCCAGCCUCCAUGAUAAGCAUGUGCCUGGGUAGCUGUUUGGGCGCGCAAGUUUCCUGUAAGUCUCUGAGCAAUGAACAGCUACAGACGGGGCUCGCUGGCGGCGCCUUGACUGUGGGCUUGCUGACGGCUCGGGAUGUUCUCAAGCGGUUUUAG